CAAGUAGAGGGUGGCGUGGUUGUGGGUUAAUGGGGUUGCUGGAAGAACAAGAAACGAGAGCAGGGAAGAGGAUGGAGGGGGAGAAAACGACGUCGCGUAAUACAAAACUUUGGGCAAUACAACUACGUGACAAUCAUUCAGGGCAGGAAAAGCAGGUAGAGCCCACCCCCUCUCUCUUUGGCCCAACAAUAAAACAAAACUUUUCCCUUGUUUCUCAUUUUCUCUAAUCUUUUCGGUAUAUGUCUUUGACUUAGACCACUCUUUCCACACGCUCACACGCAAAAGCUUUUGCAAUUAUCACUCUCUCUCUCUCUCUCUCUCUCUCUCUCUAAAUCUAUGCUUCCUUCUUAGAUCCUUUUCCUUCUUACUUCUGCAAUACACAACACUUCUAGCUUCCUUACCUCCACACUCGGCGAUGACCCUCUUCCCCCACCGCCUCCGCCUCCGCUACCUAUCAACAGCACUCACUUUUCUCCUUUUGUUAUCUUCCUCGGUUACCACUCUGUCCCUACUCGGUUGUGGGUUUCCAGAUGAAGGGGAAAGAGGAAGAGAGUUGAAGGCAGUUGACAGAGUUCUCAGUCAGAAACGACUCAGCGGACCAGGUUCUUCGCCACCCACUUGUAGAUCCAAGUGUGGAAGGUGUUUUCCAUGUCAACCUGUUCAUGUGCCGAUUCAACCUGGUUUGAGUGUGCCAUUAGAGUAUUACCCAGAGGCUUGGAGAUGCAAGUGUGGAAACAAGCUUUUCAUGCCUUGAUGAAAAGAAAUAAAAGAAAUGUUCUUUGUUGUGAUCCUAUUUGGGUAACUAUUGGUGGUCGAAGGAGGUGGCAGUGGUACUGCCUUUUCCAUGCUUGCAUUAUGAUGAUUUCGCCACUGGACAACCAACUUUGGGAAUAUAAGUUUGUAGAGGUGAGCUUACCAACAGAAAUCUCUUCUCCUCUCUCUCUCUCUCUCUCUCGUUAAUGGUCUUUUUUUAUUUUCUUUUCUUUUCUUUUCUUUUCUUUUUACUCAUUUGCAUUGAUGCAAAGUUUAUCAUGAGAGAAAUUGGAAUUGAGUGAAAUCUGUAAUUAAGGUGAGUUUCUUUAUAUAAGAGUAGAAGCUGCGACGCUCUUACCC